AAAAAUAAUAUUUAUAAAUUUUACAUUUAUUUGAAAAAUAGAAAUACAUUCAAAGAAUAUUUAUUUACUGCAUAUAUUAAGAGGAUAAUAAGAAAAAUUUUAACAGUAAAAAUAUUAAUUGAAAAGUAUAAGUGGAGUAGAAUUUAUCUAGAAAUGCAGACAAAGUAAAAAUAAAAUAACCCCUGGCUUAAGCCAGGAACUAGAAUUUUAUGUAUCAGAACUGCUGCCCUUUUAUCUCAUGAAAAAAUUAAGGAUAAAGUAGUGCACUGUUGUUGGAGAAUUGUAAGAUUUGUUGUUACUGAAAAAGAAAUCUUAUACUAUAAACAUUAAGCAGAGUAUGAGCUAAAAACUUUUUAAGAUGUAGAAGAUAUCUCAAUUACUUCAUAAUCUUUGGCAAAGGAUUAAAUGGAUCCAAACCAAAUUAAAACCAUUUAGCUGACUCAUGAAAGUUUAAUGAAAGUUAUAGACGGCUUGAAGCUUAAAGUAAAUGAGCCUCCAACUGAAUAUAGAUUUCCUCUUCUUUUGUAGCAUAUUUAUGAUUCUAAAGAUGCUUAACAAGAGCCAGGUAUACCAACUUAAAUUGCAUAUUUUGAAUCUAUAGAAGAUCUUUAGCAAAUAAAUAGAGCAAUAUAGCUUUCAUCAGCUUGGAUUAAAUACAGCUAAUCAUGCAAAAUGUAUCAUUUAGAUUUAGACUACGAGAUACUAGAUUGGAUAUAAGAAAGCAUUUAAUUUGAGAAUAUUCACUUUUAAGUUAAAAUAAAUCAAAAAAGCUAGGAAGAAUUGGAAUUAUAUGUUGAUUGUUUAGGCAUGUUUCUAAUGUAAUCAUCAGCAAUACAUUACCUUACCUUUUCAAGAGACUACACAAAUGAUAAAUUUAUCCUACAAGAUAAGCACUUACUGAUCAAUAUUAAAUAUGAUUAAAUAUAUUCUUUAGUUUUUAAUGAGUGCAAUAUAAAUUAUAAUAUAUUAAAAAAUCUAACUGAUGUAAUAAGUGCAAACGUUGUUUUAGCCUCACUAAACCUUAGCUAGAAUAAAUUGACUGACGAGUGCCUGCCUUUACUUAAUAAAGUUAUAGAAAAUUGUACAAAUUUAAAAGUACUUGAUUUAUCUUGCAAUUUAUUCUUAGGAAAUAGAAAAUACUUCUAUGAUUUUAUUGAUUUGAUAAACCUUCUUUAAGAUAAAACUAUUGCUGAAUUUGAAGAAUUUGGAUUUAAAUUAGAUUUAUAAAAAAAUUAAAUUGGGGAUGAUAUUGUAGAUGUGGUAGAAUAAUUAAUAUUCAGAGCUAUAAGGCCUAAAGUAGUUGCAUUAGAUCUUUCUUUUAACAAUAUUAGCAAAUACAAUUUAUGGAGACUAUACAAAGGAUAUUUAUAAGUAAUAAAAAUGAACAAUUAAGUCGAUUAAACUAGUUAUGGUGAUUAAUCAAGUGUGGAUCCUAAUACUCAAAGCAAUUUUUUGCAACACAAUAAUGAUGUCAACAUAUAUCUAAACAUUUUCCCUCUACCUUUUCACUAAGAUAUACUGCAAGACUCAAUUCGUAUAUUCAAUAAGAUGGACAGUGAUAUUAAAAGAUAAAACUUUCUAAAGAUCAAAGAAGAUUAGAAACUAAGAAAGAUAAGACACAUAAAGAGAUAAAAUUAAGAAGGAGAAUAAAAAUUAGAAAAUUAAGAACAGGAAAGUAGAAAUUUCAUUUAAGGUAGGACAGAAAGCAAGUAAAUUGAUAUCAGUAUUCAGAGAUUAAGAUUUGGAAAUAAACCUCCUCCUUAUAGAAAAGCUUAAAUAUAAAAGAUUAAAGAUUACAGAAUAAUUAUAUAAAAAAUUUAAAAAGACAAGUUUAUUACAGUUGAGCAGCUACUAAAAUUUUGCUAAGAAAUAGAUGAACUAGAAUUUGAAUUUCCACUCUAACUUUUAGAGCCACUCUAAGAAAUAGUUUGGACUAGGUUAUGCGAAUCAUUGCUUAUUAGAGACCAUUAUUGCGUAUCUAAACUAUUAGUGAUCGGUAAGCUAGUAGGCUUGGAAUUAGAAUUCUUUUAAAAGUACUUGGAAAUUACAGAAGAAAGAAAAUAGUCUAUUAUGAAAAAAAUUGAAAGGUUUCUUAACUUUGAAGAUAUUCCAGAAUCAUAAAUUAAUGAGGUUAUGCACUAUUUAAUCAAAGAAUGUAUUAGAUUGGAUUUAAGAGGUCCUGUUGUGGAGUAAUUAUUUGCUAUCAAAGAGAAGAGAGAUGAGUUUAUAAAGUUACAAGUUAAAUAGGGUUUCAAGCCUGAAUUAGACCUUGUUUCUUAAGAAGGCUCAAAAGGUGAUUGCUUUUUAUUAUUAAAGUAAAACGAAGACAGAAAGAAAGUUCCAAAAAGUAUCUUUCAGAUUUCAAUUAACGGUAACUUUUUUAGCCAUUGCACAAGAGCUGAUUACACCUUGUUCAGCAAAUUAUCAUAAAAAGUUUUAAUAGAAUAUGAUGAUGUGCUUGAGCUAGUUUUAUCAAAAUACGAAUCUAAUUAUUACUUAGAUUUGGCAUAUAAAAGACUUUAAUACCUUUUGGAAGACUUUGAGGAUCUUGAAUCUGAUAACCCAUUUUCCAUUUUUGAAAAGAUAUUUUUUGAAGGUUUGCAAGAUUUAAAGUUAGCUUGUGCUCGACUUAAUAUUUAAUAUGCAAAUUUCUAAAGUAGGAAUAUUUAUCAUUAAUUUGAAUUGCAACAAAUUAAACAACCCAUUGAAAUCAACUCAGACGAAGUAUUUCAUCCUGUAGAUACUGUUCAAUAUUCAUAGCAAUAUAAAUUCACAAAUUUUAUUUAUUUAAGAAAAUUUGAAUUCUACUACACUUAAAAUGAAAUUUCUCUUUCUAAUCUUUAACCAAGUGAUAUGUUUAUUCACAGAGAUGAAGACACUUUUAUUAAGCCUUUAAUACAAUUUCCAGUGCCUGAAGCCAAAAAAGAUUUAGAAACUGCUAUGACUUAUUUAGUCUAUUGUCUUGUUGUUUAUUCAAGGGAAUCUAAUUCAUAUUAAAAAAUUGCUCCUUAAUUAUAAAAAUUGAUUUCUUUGCUUAACAAAUCUAAAUUCAUUCCUCAUUUAAAAGAUGAAGUUUACUUAUAAAUUAUAAAAUACUCUACUUCUCCUAUGCUAAACGAUUACACAGAAUACAAUUUAAUUGCAAUCAUUACCAUUUUAACUAUAUAUUGCCCUCCUUCGUAUGAACUCAAUCAUUUUAUUAGAAACUUUUUGUUCGUUUAUUAUGGUAGGUAGAGAUUUGCAAGACUGGCUCAAGAUGCCUUAAUCCAUCUUUAAAAUGCUGUUAUUUAAGAAAUAGUAAUUCCUGAUUGGGUACCAUCUCUUUUCGAGCUCGAAUAAAGAAUAAGAGGUUAUACAAAAUUCAUUUUUAAAAUAUGUUAUCCUAACCAAUCCAGUUAAGAGUUUAGUCUAGAUCCAUUCAUUACAGCAGGGCAGUUGAUGAAAAUAGUAUAUUAAGAAGGGACAUAUUUUCUAAAAAAUUCAAUAACUGAUAAAUAUAAUUACUGGAUAUAUUAAUCAUCAAUAUAUGAUAAAGAAGAAAUAGCAAUUAUGUUUGAAGAUAUAAUAAUAGAGAUUAUGAGCUAAUGGGACCAAAAUCCUACUAAAUUUGCAAGCUACAGCUUACUUGUUAAGCGUAGAAUUUAUUAGCCAUUUCAUACAAUCAGACUAGGAGAUAUUCAUUAAUUGUAAAUUAAUUGCUUAUUCGAUGAAUAGUUAAGAUAUUUCUACACAAAUGAGUUGUAUGCUAAAUCAAUAGUUAUUCCUUCUUUAAUCCGUAUAGCUGCUUAUUAUCUAGCAUACCUAACAAAAGGUACUUAAAAGGGAAAAAUAGAUUUAAAUCAAACUUUCAAUAACUUAGAACAUCUCAUACCAUCUUCAAUAAAAUAUAAAAAGGAUGAAUUUGCAUUAGUAAUAAGUAGGAUGAUAGAAAUUGAGAAAAUAGAUAAAAUUGAUAAAUAUACUCUUAUAUUUAAUAUACUUGCUUAGUUAAGAUUAAAUAAUUUUUAUGCAUCAUCUUUUUUUACUGCCAAACUUAAUGAGUCUGAGCUAGAGUAGGUUUAUGUUGUUGUAAAUGCCUUUUGUAUCAAUGUUUUUAGUAAAAAGAAUUAACUCAAACCUCUCCAUUCAAUUUACUUUGAGGAAAUAAUUUAUCUAGUUGCAACUUCUAAUAACAUGGCUAAAAUUUAAACAUUUAGUAAAGAAUCAAAAACGUUUUCUGUUUUAAGUAUAAAAUUUGAUUAUCCUAGAGCUCAUGAGUUUGUCUAAGACGUUAUAUCAUAUGCUUAUCUUAGAAUAUAAGAUGAUUGCUAUGCUUUGUAUGCUUAUUCUGAGCUUUUUAAAUUGAGAUACAGACAUUCUUUGCUUGUUAUUCCUCAAGAAAUUGGGUUAAUCGAAACAACAGAUCCUUAUACUUUAGAAAUAAAUAAAAAUUUAAAUCAUAUAGAGCUUGCAGAAACAAGAGAAAAAGUUUAAGAAAUAUACUAGCAUAUUUAUUCUACAUAAUUUAUCAUCAGUGAAAUGAAUGAUUAUCCAUUUUUCAAAGAAACUACUUAAUAUAACCUUUAAUUCAAAGAAAGAGAAAUGAGGAGAUCUUCAUACCAAGAAAGUUAGCUUUAAUAAUGGUUUAAUUCUGUACUUAAGGAAAGAUAGCAAAUGUAAGAGGAAAUUCAGAAUAAAUAGUAGGUAUAAAUCGAUUAACAAAAAGCUAGAAGAGACCGUGUAAGUAAUCAUGAUUCAUAAGUUUCAUCUGGAGUAGCUGCAAAUCAAAAUAAUUAAAAUGUGUUAUCUCCUAAAGUGGAAAAUAGCCAGUCCCCUUAGAUAUAACAAAAUAGUCCAUUCAAUCAAAAUUUAAAAAGCUAGGGCUUUACGAAUAAACAGGAAUAAUUUGCAUAAAAUUCUGAUUAGGAUUUUGAACCUACUAAUAAUAUACCAAAUCAAAAUAAUUAGCAAUAAUAAUUUUCACAAGGUACUGCAGAGAGCACAUAACAAAAAUAAAGCACGUAUUAGUCUUAGCAAGUUUAGCAAAAUUAUAAAAAAGAUUCUAUGCCAACUAUCUAGGAGGCAGAUAACAGUAAUGUUAACUCUGUGACAAUGAACUAAGAAAAAUAAUAAAAGUUACCAGAGUUCAAUGUUUCAAAUAGUAAUAACCCAAAUAAUCUUCCUAGCUAGAAUUAAUUACACAAAGCAAACAGCGAAAGUUAUUAGUAAAAUUCUAGCUAAAAUAAUAAUGGUAGUAACAAUUAAAUAAAAGAACCAUAAAGUGCUGCACUUCCUAACAAAAAGUCUUAAAAUGAAAUCACUAAUAAGAAACUAAACAAUAAAAUUAACAAUGCCCUAAGUAUUAAACCUGGAGCACCAAAAAGUCAGGCAGAUUUAACUUCCCCAAAAGUAGUAGCUGAUAACGUAGAAAAAAAUAAAUCAUAACCUACUUAAAAUAAUAAUGCGAAUCAAUAAAAUUAGCAGAGCAAUUAACAGUAGUAGUAGUAGUAGUAAUAAUAAUCAUAAUCAAAUUCAUAAAAAAAUAACUAAGUUGAACCUUAAAAGAAUUAAAAGUAAAAUCAAAGUGAGUCAAAUGAAAAUAAAGGAGAAAUCAGUGCAAGCUAAAUAGCAUAGUAAAUGCAAAAAAAUAGCAUGGAAGCUUCAGAAGAUAAUACUUUGUUAAGACACUCUCGCUAAUCCUCUAGAGAAGGGAUAAAAAGUACUUCCCCUGCUUAAAACAAAGAAAGACUCAAAUCAUUAACAAGAAAAUCUACAGCUGUACAUGCUUAAAAUAGAAGAAGUAUUAAAAAGUCUUCAAAUCAAAGCAGUAAAGAUAAUCUAGUUGAAUAAGGGCAAUAAGCUUCAAAUAAUGAAGUACCUAGUUCAUAAAAUGCUACUUAAGAAAAUGAAUAAUAAUAAAGCUCAACAAACAUAGCAAUCAAAAAGCCACCAAUGUUUCUUAAAAAAAACUGA